GAUGGUCCAUGCUCCUAUGUCGAAACAUGUUUCCUUAUAAAAUUUGAAAACAUUUGCCCCUUGGUAUUUGGUAUUUAAAUUCCGUCCAAGGGCUCCAGAUUCCACACCGUAAGAUUUUGAUUAUCUAAAUCCGGAGCCAACGGUGGAUUUCUGGCUUGACAACAUCACCGUCGGCAUUAAUCAAUAAUUCUAUAUAUUCAACACUAACGUACUGAUUGGAGAUUGAAAUUGAUUCUUCUGCUUCUAGGAUCUCUGUUCUCUUGCUGCCUUUCUUCUCCAUGGCGUCCACUUCACACAGAGGUGCUCCCUAUUAUGGCGCUGAUCCUUAUCGAUCCAGAGAAGGUCUUACCACGAGAGCGGCGGCUGGUUCUGAUGAAAUUCAAUUGCGUAUUGAUCCAUUGAACGCAGAUUUGGACGAUGAGAUCACUGGUCUCCGGAGUCAGAUUCGGCAGUUGAAAGGCGUUGCACAAGAGAUAGAGUCAGAAGCAACAUUUCAGAAUGAUCUCAUCAAUAAAUUGCAAAUGACCCUGGUCAGAGCUGAAGCAGGGGUUAAGAACAACUUAAGGCAAUUGAAAAGGAGCAUCAUCCAGGAGGGAUCAAGCCAUGUCAUCCAUGUGGUUCUUUUUGCACUACUUUGUUUCACGGUAAUCUACCUGUGGUCUAAAAUUUCCAGAAGAUGAAGAGUAUUGAGUUUGUUGUGCCCCUACUCUACCAAAGAAUCUGCUGAUUGGACAAAAGGCUCAUUCUGAACUCUGGCCAGAAGUUGAAAUGCAGUUCCACUGUAAAUCCUUCCCCAAUUACCUUGUCAGUUGUUAUAACAUUUUUAAAAAGCUUAGUUUAAUCUUCCAAUACUGCAGUUAGAAUUCUAACUUUUGCUUGGCAAAGGAAAGAAUGUUAUAUAUUAAACACAUACUAGAGUUAACUAGUCUGCGAGUAAUGAUCUCUCUAAUGAGGAAGCAUUGUUCAAUUCUUAUUAA